AACACAAAAAACAUCAACAAAGUUUCUUCAUGGCAUUUCAACUCAUAACCACCAUCUCCAUUCUCAUUCUCGCCCUCGCAAUAUCCUCCGCCACCUCCGCCCGUAUCCUCGACGAGGAGGCUGCAGCAGCCGGCGCCGGCAUAGGGCCAGACGAGCACCCCCUGACCUUCUUCAUGCAUGACAUACUCGGCGGCAGCCGACCCUCGGCCAUCGCGGUGACCGGCAUCGUAGCGAACCCGGCCGUGGGCGGGCAGGUCCCCUUCGCGAAGCCUAACGGCGCCGUCCUCCCCGUGAACAACGGCGUCCCCACCAACAACGCCAACGGCGGCGUCGUCAACAACAACAACGUCCCUUUCCUCACCGGCCUCAGCGGCUUCACCUCCAACGUCGGCAACAACAACAACGGCAUCAUCGGGGGAAUACCCGGGUUCCCCGUGCUGAACAGCGCGCAGUUCCCGUCGGGCAGCACGCUGCAGAAGCUGAUGUUCGGCACGAUGACCGUGUUCGACGACGAGGUGACGGAGGGCCACGAGCUCGGGUCGGGGCUGGUCGGGAAGGCGCAGGGAUUCUACAUCUACAGCUCCGUCGACGGCAACAGCCAGACCAUGGCCUUCACGGUGAUGUUCGCCGCUGGAGGAUACGCUGACAGCAUCACCUUCUUCGGGGUCCACCGGACAGCUGUGGCGGAGUCGCAUCUUGCAAUCAUGGGCGGCACUGGGAAGCAUGUCAACGCAAAGGGUUUCGCUACCGUCAAGACCUUUCCCGGCGGCCAGCACGAGACCGAUGGGAUGGAGACGCUGCUGCAGAUCACUGUUUAUCUUGCUUAUUGAUUACUUUCUGGAUUUUUCUUUCUUUGAUUGUUGUGAGUUGUUGGAUCUUCUUAUUCGUCUACAAAAUUCAAACUCCCAAAACACCACUUACUUUAUUUUA